UUAACUCAAAAAAUCCCAAGAAAAUUAACAUAACCGUGAAAAAGGGACACAUAAAAGUGGACCAAAACAGAAACUACAUAACUACGAAACUCUUGACUUCAAAAUCUUCCUGUCUUAGAAAUAUCAAUGCCUGCAUUUUGGUUUUCUUUGAAGAGAUCAUUACAAUGCAAAUCACAGCCAUCUGAUGUUCAUAAUCCAAGGGCCAGAAACAAUCUUGGAAACAUUAUUCAGACAAAAAAACCUUGUGGUUUUAUAUGUUCAAGAUCAGUUUCAAAUCUUAGAGAUGUUUUUAGUGGCAGCAAGAGACAUACAGACAAACUUCCGGUGAGUUUCAGUCCGAGAUCUUUAGGUAGCAGCGACUUUCUGAACCCUAUUACACAUGAAGUAGUCCUUAGUGAUUCCACAUGUGAGUUCAAGAUUACCGGGUUUAGUAGCGACGGCGACCGGGGCGGUGAGAAAGGUGUUUCUUCAACAUUUGUUGGUACUCUUAAGCCCGGAACGCCUGGUCCGGGCGGUCAAGAAAUGGCGUAUCGUCCGGAAUACUAUCCGGCCACAGCGAGAAGGUCACUUAGCGUUUCGAGGAAGAUACAUGGUGAUUCUCCUGUUUUUGGUGCAUCUAAUUUCAAGCCUAGAAAUUCUCUUGAUGUUUCAAAAUCUGGUGAUUCUUUAAGCUUAAAUUGCAAGAAAUGUUAUGAGAAGUUUAAAACUCUUGAUGCUGUUGAAGAACAUCACCUCUCCAAACAUGCUGUUACUGAACUUACAGAAGGUGACUCAUCUAGAAAAAUAGUUGAAAUAAUAUGCAGAGCAAAUUGGCUAAAAUCCGAGGCUAAUUUUGUCAAUAUAGAAAAAAUAUUUAAAAUCCAUAACAUGCAAACAAAAAUUGCUCAAUUUGAAGAAUAUAGAGAAUUGGUAAAAAGAAAAGCUAGCAAUUUAGCUACAAGACAUUCGCGUUGCCUCGCUGACGGUAACGAGCUAUUAAGAUUUCACGGCACGACUGUUUCGUGUUGUCUCGGUAUGAAUGGAUCGUCGUGUUGCACAUUGGAGACGUGUGGUGUUUGUCGGAUUUUGAGACACGGGUUUUCGAACAAUGACAUGAUUUUUACUGCUUCGACGAGCGGAAGAGCAUUAGGGUCUAUUGAGAUUACUUCUUGUGCAAGAAAGGUUUUAUUAGUAUGCAGGGUGAUUGCAGGAAGAGUUUGUAAACCAUUGGAGAAUUUUCAAGAAUUUUCAGGAUUUGAUUCAUUAGCUGGGAAAAUUGGGCAGCAUUCUAAUAUUGAAGAACUUUAUGUAGUGAAUUGUAAAGCUCUCCUACCUUGUUUUGUAGUUAUUUAUUAACCAUGUAAUAAAUGUUUCGAAGAUGAUUAAUUUUUA